AUGCCGACUAGAGAUAAGAAUGACGAAAGAAGUACAUUUAACCGGCGUCGAAAAUUUAUCAUACUUGGAGUUCUAUUUGGUUUUGGAGUCGCAUCUCUGGCAAUAGCAAUUGGUCUUACAAAUGUAAAAUAUGAUGGACUCCUCAAUACAACAGAAGCCAAUAUGACAACCCUUCAGAUGAACUCGACAUACAGUCCGUGCUUAGAUGACUCAUGUCUGAAUGGUGGUACUUGUAGCGGUUCAAUGGAUGUCUUUACUUGUGAUUGUGUUGAUGGUUAUCAUGGAGCGACAUGCCAGGAAGAUACAGACGAAUGCAUAUCAAGCCCAUGUCAAAUGAACGGUACUUGUGACGAUAGAAUAAAUGGCUAUGAAUGUCAAUGUAGUGACGGGUAUGAAGGUUUUCACUGCGAGAUUGAAACAAAUGAGUGCCAGUCAAAUCCAUGUCAUAAUGACGCUCUCUGCGUAGACCUAUUCAAUGGAUAUUGGUGCGAUUACUGCUGGAACUAUGAUAUAUGUUUUGGUGGUGUUUGUAUCAAUGAACCAGCGGGUUCAUUCACAUGUGAUUGUUCAGCAGAAGGUGAACUGGUAAAUAUAGCAUUGGGGAAAACAGUCACACAAAGUAGUACAGCUAACGAAAACGGAAUAGCAGAACAUGCGGUUGAUGGCGACAAAUCUGGAAAUUGGUUAGAUAAUAGUUGCAGUCACACAAGUGGCUUGUACAACGAGCCAUGGUGGAGAGUAGAUUUGGCAGAAAUACACUGUAUUUCACGAGUAGUUAUCACUAACAGACAAGAUUGUUGUAGUCACAAAAUAGAGACGGCAGUUGUCCUGAUUACUAAUACUGUUGACGAGGUGGACGCUAUUCAGUGCGGUUCAGCGAUAGACCAAGCUACUGCGUUGCAAGCGACGAUUUCAUUUGAAUGUGAUGAAAAUACGCUCGGUCGCUAUGUUACUGUUGACAAAACCGAAACACCAGUUGUCCUACAUAUGUGUGAAAUAGAAGUGUUUGCUCCCAUGAUGUUAUAA